UCUAAAAAUUCAUUUUAAUCACAGCAAACUACACACAUUUUAAAGAAUACCACCACUGUUUUACUUAGAUCUAAUUGAAGUGUUGGCAAAUGGCAAUGAGUUAAGUUAUCAAAAGCAUGUGGAUGAAGCUGAGGAAAAUAGCCAGUCCAAGAAAUGUUGUCAUAACUCUGUGCACCCUUGCUGCCUUCAGUUUAUUUUACGCUAUUUUAACAUGGGAUUAUAAUAACGCAACAGUUCGAAUAAAUCCGGACAGCAUGCCUGCUGGUCCUGUGUUCAAUGUGGAUAGAUGGGUUCAAUCACCAUAUGAACACGACCACAGUGCAAUAAAACCACCAAGUGGUAUGCCUGCCAGGCAGAAAGUUUUGCUGUUUCUUCACCCUAAAUCAACUGUUGGUAAAGGUAUACAAAUUGCACUGGAAUUUGUUCGAUUUAAAUUUCAAGUUCAAACCGGAGACAUUCGUAACCUGCCAGUUUUAACAGAUGACAACAAGGGUCGAUACGCUGUCAUCGUGUUUGAGGAUCUCUUCAUGUACUUGGGUCUUCAGAGUGCCAAUCGUAAUGCUUUGGAUAAAUACUGCCGCGAGUAUAAUGUGGGCAUGAUAUUCUUGCUGCAUUAUCAUAAAAAGCCAGAGGAAGACCCCUUGUUAAUCAGUCAGGUUGGGAACUUCCCUCUGCGCUACAUGACAGAUGUAAGGCUGAAAGAUUAUGAAAUAAAUGAAACCUCACCCUUACUAAGAAUCACAAGGCCUGGAGCAGUGGUACCCCUUCCUACUCCAAAUGACUGGACAGUGUUCUUUCCUUACCACCACACAUACACAGCUGUGACGUUUGCUUCAAGGCUAAAACCGUUGAAGUUACGAAAAGGGAAACGGCGAUUUAAUCGAAAACACAGAAACACUCGCAGCCUUGCUUUUGAUUCCAUGGGCCAUGGAGCAGCAGACAUGGAACAGACCAUAGAGAACCAGGAGAAGUUAUAUCCUGUGAUACUUGACAGAGGAAUCUAUGACGGAAUUCAACGAGUUUUCUUUGGAAGCACUUUAAAAUUCUUUCUUAACAAAAUCAUGUUUCUGGAUGCUUUGAGUUAUUUAUCUUAUGGAAGACUCUCAAUUCCUUUGGAAAGAUAUUUUCAAAUUGACAUUGAUGACGUUUUUGUGGGAAUUCCUGACACUCGACUUCUGAUAAGUGAUGUGAAUGCCCUGCUUAACUUUCAAAGUCAACUUCGUAAAAAUAUCCCAGGGUUCAGUUUCCAACUUGGGUUUUCCGGAAAGUUCAUUUACUCAGGAACGGAUGCAGAAUCGGAAGCUGAUCGAAUGUUGCUAAAAAUGAGCGAUGAAUUUUUAUGGUUUCCACACAUGUGGUCACAUAUGCAAGCACACUGGUUCCUGAAUGCAACAAAAUUAUGUGACUACAUGGAACUUAACAGGCAGUUUGCUAUUCGCCACAAUUUCAACACAUCGUCCCACUAUGCGGUUGCCCCACACCACGCAGGGGUUUACCCAGUACAUGAGCAACUCUACUACUGCUGGAAGAAGAUUUGGAAUAUAAGUUCCACCAGCACUGAAGAAUACCUCAGUCUUAGACCCGAUCACAAGCGGAGAGGUUUCAUUCAUAAAAAUAUCAUGGUGUUGCCACGUCAAACGUGCGGACUUUUCACCCACACGAUGGUGCUAGACAUGUACCCAGGCGGACAGGAGAUUCUGCUUGAAAUUAUUGACGGCGGAAGUUUGUUCCAAUCAUUUUUAUACAAUCAAAUCAACGUGUUCAUGACACAUCAGUCAAAUUACGGAAACGAUCGUCUUGGCCUGUUUACUUUUGAUCGAGAAAUUAAAUUUAUUUAUAAAUGGACCAACCUGCGACUAAAGUAUGAACCACCGAUGGCGCUAGCGAGACGAUACUUUAAUAUUUAUCCUGAAGAAAGAGAACCUUUGUGGAAGAAUCCAUGCGCUCAAAGACGCCAUUUGGAAAUCUGGUCAGAGGAGAAGAAUUGUAAUUCCUUGCCAAGUUUUGUGGUGGUUGGACCACAGAAAACAGGUACAACUGCAUUAUAUUGGUUCCUAACCAUGCACCCGCAUGUAAAGAGCAAUCAUCCAAGCCCGACAACUUUUGAAGAAGUUCAAUUUUUCAGCGGUUCCAACUAUUUUAAGGGGCUUGACUGGUACAUGAGCUUCUUUCCUACACCUGAGAACAACACGGUUAUUUUUGAGAAGAGCGCAACAUAUUUCGAUCAACAAGUUGUCCCGAAACGACUCACAAUGUUACUCCCAUCCAAGCAUGUCGUUGUUGUUUUAAUUGACCCUGCUAAACGAGCUUACUCCUGGUAUCAGCACAUGCGAUCCCACAAUGAUGCUUCUGCUUCCAAAUAUUCUUUUUAUGAGACAAUCACUGCACAACCUGGCAAGGCACCUCCUGCACUUAUAUCUUUACAAAGAAGAUGUUUAGAUCCUGGUUUUUAUGCCCGACAUUUAGAGAACUGGCUUGAGUACAUACAGUCGCAAUAUAUUGUAAUCGUGGAUGGUGACUUGCUUAAAUCCGACCCAUCUUCUGCCAUGUUCAAUCUGCAGACAGAUCUUGGCUUUACAGAGAUCUACCAGUAUGAUAAAAUAUUGAAGUUUGAUAAACGCAAAGGUUUCUUCUGCCAACUUCUACCUACAGGGAAAACGAAAUGUCUUGGCCGUGGAAAAGGCAGACAAUAUCCAGACAUGGAUCAACUGAGUGUUAAAUACCUUGAUACGUAUUAUAAAGAAUCAAACACCAAGCUCACAGAAUUGCUCAGAGGAAUAAAUAAACCUAUACCAGGAUGGCUAAGCGAGAAAUCGGUGACCUGAACGUAGCUACAGAGCAUAACCAUGAAAUACAAUCCCUACUAGCCUGGGUUCGAACUGAAGCGCAAGCCAAAUAAUUUUGAAUGGUGUCAGAUCUAACCCACGCAUCACACAAACUCAUAUGCAAUCUGGCGCAAACUUUUCAGCCUUAAGGUCGUUUCAUCUAUAUUAGGUGCACAUUUGUGUUAAAACACCAGAUAUGGUGUUAAAACUGGGUUGCUACCCAUUACCUCACAGUCAAUUUGGUGGCCGCGUACACUCUUAACCUUACCCUUCUCUUGGUUGGAACUGAAGCGCAAGCCAAACAAUUUUGAAUGGUGUCCGAUCUAACCCACGCAUCACACAAACUCAUAUGCAACUCUGGUGCAAACUUUUCAGCCUUAAGGUUCUUUCAUCUAUAUUAGAUGCUUGUUUGUGUCAAAACACCAUAUAUGGUGUUGCACCCGAGUUGCUACCCACUACCUCACAGUCAAUUUUGUGGUCGUAUACCAUUCUUAACCUUGCACUGUGCCAUCAUUUUAACCUUGCUGCUUACUGAAAAUUGACAGUAUUUGUCUGCACUGUCGUUGGGUUUUAAGGUUUAUUUUGGUUUUUGCAAUCACAGGGUAACAAAGGCAUAAGCAUACUGCAAUGCUUACCAACUGAGUUAUGGUUUCAUAUUGAACUUUAUAUAUCAACAUAUCAUAUAACUUGGAUGUAAUUCAGUUUCGCAGAAUAUUACCAUUUGGAUUUAAAACAAGUGAAAUCUGCCUCUGAACUGACACAACUACCUCGUACAAAGCUUGCCGAUGGUGCACUGGCCCAACUGUUUUACUAAAAUCGGUUUCUAGACAAUUCCAAUACUGGUCUACAAAAUACUCUGUGGUUGCAUUAUUUGUUAUUAACAUUUCCUCAUUCUUUACAUCACUUUUGGUUGAACUUAUCCAGUGUAACAGUUAUUGCAAUUAAUCAAAUGAU